AUGACUACCGGGAGCUCAAGCCAUGAUCAGAUUGUGGGGAGCUCACGAAAUACAACCGAUAUUGAGAAUAACAUGGUUUCUAGUGAUGAUGCAGCGGAUGGAACUACGAUAGAUCAAGAAGACAGCGAACAAGAGCGAAGGAUUGGAGACAGAAUAUUCCCGACAAGCUUAAGAGAAAGGGCCUCGAGGCAGAUCAGGGCCGCUGGGAGACAUUUUAAUAUAUUAGAUAGACUUUUCCAGAGGAAUACUCAAGAUGCAUCACAUUUGCAACAGGGCGCCAAUUAUGACGGGGUUUUCAGUAAUUUAAGUGCAAAACCGGAUGGAGAGGAAGACCAGCAGGCUGGGGAUAGUGAUAAUCCGCCUACUUAUGAUGAAGCUGCAGUUGAUAUGGCACCAUCGUAUUAUGGAGUCGACGACUCUGGAGCGGGAAUGUAUUACAAUGAAAUUUGCAUAGAGGGUUUACCCGUUGGUAAUAUUGCGAAUCUGAUAUGGAAUCUUCUCGUCAGCUCCAGUUUCCAGUUUAUUGGAUUUUUGGUAACAUAUAUUUUGCACACGUCGCAUGCAGCAAAGCAAGGCUCGAGGCUAGGUCUUGGAAUCACCUUUCUCGGUUAUGCGUAUUCUAUGAUCCCCAAUGACGUCCAAUCGAAGGUUGGGAGAGACAAGGAUGUAGACAGGGUUCAGUUAUCAGAUCCGAAUGAGCACGAUGAUUUACAUUUGUACUCAUCGCCUGCUACACAAGAUGAGUUCACCUCACAUCUGUCGACCGGUAUAACUGAGGAGAAACAAAGUGUACCAGCGGUCGCCGUCUUCACUGGAAUACUUGGGUUUUGCAUAGCAGUAAAAAGUCUUUAUGAUUAUGUUCAGAUCAAGAGGAUGGAACGAAAAUACAUGUCAUAG